AUGCGAGUCUAUUCGUCGAUCGACUCCAGCAACGCCCUCGCCUUCCACAACGGUCGCGUAUAUACCAUCAACGACGACCAGCCCUGGGCCGAGGCAUUUAUUGUAUCCCCGACGGGGGUCAUCGAGCACAUUGGUAGGAAUGCAGCCAUCUUGGAGAUCGCCUCGGCUCGCGGCCUCAUUCAAUAUGACCUCCGCCGGCGCUUCGUCAUGCCGGGCAUCCACGACGCCCAUACGCACCUGCUCGUCGCCGGCCUACAAGGGCUGAACGAAGCCCGCAUCGGCUUCGACUCGACGCCCGACAACCUCACAUCUCGACUUGCUAAAGGUUCCUGCGCAUGCGCCUACGCCAAUGUUACCGGGGACUGGCUCAUUGGAAACUUCUACCAGGCCAACCAUUUCCCGAACGGCGUGCCCGAUCGCAAAUACCUAGAUGAUCACUACCCCGAUCAGCCCGUGCUCAUCCGCGAAGUCUCCUGUCAUCGAAUCUUACUAAAUACGGCUGGACUUAUCCGUGCUGGAAUUGAUCCUAAUGGCGCCCCGGAUCCAGAUGGUGGGUACUACGUCCGCCGAAAAGAUGGGAUAACCCUCACAGGGGAAGUAGUCGAGAACGCCAUGACAGCUGUGUUUGACUGUCUGCCUAUCCCGCCGUUGGCGCAUGUCAAACGCGCGAUUCACCAUGCGAUGUCUAUAUGCCACAAAUAUGGAAUCACGUCCUGCCAGGAAGCGUCGGCGAAUACGCUCUACUUACAUGCUGUGCGAGAACUGGAGUUGGAGAACCGGCUGGAUCUGGAUAUCCAUACGCACAUUGUGUCAGCGCCGGUGUAUUUCGCCAUGGAGCCGCAGGAUAGUCUAGCCGGGUUGCUUGAUGUGGCGGAGGGAUUCAGAAGCCGACAUGUGCAUACUCAAUUUGUAAAGUUCUGGCUGGAUGGGGCUCCACUGCCUCCGGAAUUCACGCAGGCGGAUCUGGAUGCGAAUGGACAGCCGAUUCCGACGCAUUUGGCGCUGGAUAAAGACUUCCUGUACAAGGCCGUGAAAAAAUAUGAUGGCCGGGGCAUGACGUGUAAACUGCAUACCGCCGGUGAGGGAUCUGCUCGACUGGCCCUAGAUGUCAUCGCCAAGGUGCGGGAAGGGAAUCCGGCUGGUCCCAGACACGAGCUUGCUCAUUGUAAUGCGGUGCACAAGGAUGACAUCGCGCGGUUUGCUCCGUUGAAAGUGACUGCGGAAAUGUCACCCGCCAUCUUCCAUCACGACGUCGUGGAAGAGUAUCCCGAACUCAACAAAUGGGCGUUCAACGGGGUGCUCGCCUCGGGCGCACUCAUGACCAUUGGCUCGGACUGGAUGCUCCCCGAUACGCCAUCAUUAUUUGAUGCCCUGGCUGCGAUUGUUGAACGCGUCCGAUACAAACCUGGAGGGCGAUGCCGGCGUCUCGCGUUGGGGGAGACGGCGAUGCAACGCGGAGGAGAGAUCCUCUGUCGCGUUCUGACGCUCAGCGGAGCAGAGGCUGUUGGGGCGCAGCAUCGCACUGGGAGUUUGGAAGUGGGCAAGAUGGCCAAUUUUAUUGUCGUCGAUCGGGAUUUGAGCCAGGGGAAUUUCAAGGGUGCGAACGUGCUGGAAACGUGGUUUGAGGGAAGGAAAGUGUAUCAGGCCACCAUGUCAAGUAAUACCCAUAAUGUCCACCUGCUCGAGUUCGUCGCGCAAAAGCGCUUUCACCAGCGGAUAGUCCUGCCUGCUACUGCACACCAUGGGCGGCUUGCGGUUACCUAUGCAGACAUCGGGCCCCGGACAACGAAGGAUGGCUCACCCACCCCGACUAUGCUGCUGAUUCAGGGAAUGGCAGGAUCCCGGCUAUGGUGCUGCCAAAAAGAUCAUCUCGCUAACAAACUGGAGUGCUGGCACUAUCUACAUCUUGAAUUUGUUGAUGCAUCGACGCGACCUGCUGUACCCGAAAAGGCCAAUGGCAGUACUGAUGGGCUAACAUUCGCAGCACCGUGGGUGGAGCCCAAACAUUCGGACAUUCUCUCCUUACAAAUGGCCAGGAUGAUCCCUACUGGCGUUCUGAAACAAUGGAACAAGGUGAUGAAAUUCGUAGUCACCAAAGCAGUCCCUUCGCUCUCCUCGAGCGUGGAAGUCCUCGCCUCGAUGGGCGGCAGUAUUCCCCGUGCGUCCAAAGAAGACAUUGAGCACCGUGAACCAAAUCUUACUGCAGAUGAAUUGGACCCACGGACCGCCGAGGAGUUGGAGAACUUAUGCAUCGAGUAUAUUUUCCUGGAGGAUACCACAGGAAUGAAUGAUGAGGCUGUUGUCUGCUUGAAGAAGACAACCGGGUUGUGGGGAGUCUGUGAAGACCUCCCGAUCUAUAUCCGCUGGCUGGUGCGGGCAGAACAGUUGUACCAACCAGGCCACCCGGAGGUGAAGCAGCCUUUGCAGAUCAAGGCCAUUUUUGCAGAGAAGGAUGGGAUGAUUGGACCCAAGGGACAGAAAUACUUCGAGGACUGUUUCGCCAGAUCCGAUCUCAACGGGGUGGUCUCGUUUGAAUCGGUCAUGGAGAAAGGGACGGGACAUGACACGCUCUGGGGCUUGGACACUGCAUUCUUGAAGAUUUUGAAAGACAUUAAAGACACGCUCUCUCAGUAA